CAACAACUCUAUUCACCCCCCUCUAGAGUUGCACGCCUUGUCUAACAAUUGGUAUCGGAGCGGGUAUCUCUAAUGCUCCUUGUGACGUUUGAGGAAACGAUCAAUUUUUUUUUGAGAAUGUUGAACGCGGGGAUAAGAGAAGGGAAAUCCACCGUAAGGUCACCAUUUUUUGAUGGAACGAAUUACUCCUAUUGGAAGGAGCGUAUGAGAAUUUUUGUUCAAUCUAAUAACUUUAAAAUUUGGCUUGCUAUCAAGAAUGGAGAUAGCUUGCCAAUGAAGAAGAUAGGCGACACACUCAUCCCGAAGGACGAGGAUGAAUAUGAUGAAGCCGAUCUUAAGAAGGCUCAAUUAAAUGCCACCGCCAUCAACUUCUUGUAUUGUGCUGUCAACGCCAACGAUUAUCAAAAGAUAUCUCGUUGCCAAACCGCCAAUCAAAUGUGGAACAAGCUCAUGAUCACAUACGAAG